AUGCUGACUAACCUCGGCUGGAAAAGGAGCUCGACCGUCUCUCUUCGGGAGAGUAUCUUCAGAUACGUCGAAGAAAAUGGCCGUACCUAUCAUUCCUUCAAACAAGGGAAGUAUGUCUUGCCAAACGACGAGCAGGAGCAGGAGAGACUUGAUCUGCAACACCACUUAUUUCUAUUGUCAUUGGAUGGCCUACAUAUAGCUCCCCUACCAGCAUCCCUUCACAACGUGCUAGAUGUGGGAACAGGGACCGGCAUCUGGGCGACAGAAUUUGCGCAACAAUACCCCAUGGCCCAAGUCAUAGGCACGGAUCUCAGCCCCAUCCAACCCGCCUAUGUACCCCCAAACUGCAGCUUCGAAGUAAGCGACGCCGAAGAACCCUGGGACUACCGUCAAGAGUUCGACUACAUCCACGGCCGCGCCCUGCUCUCCUGCUUCCAAGACCCCUCCUGGAUCAUCAAGCAAGCAUACGACGCGCUCCGGCCCGGCGGCCUCCUCGAGCUCCAGGACCCUCAGAUGCCAAUCCGCUGCAUCGACCGCUCUAUGGAUGGCCACGCACUGCAGGAAUGGGGCGCGCAAGUCUGCCUCGCGGCCGAGAACCUCGGACGUCCAGUAACGAACUCCAAGAACUACGGCCGCUACAUGCACGCCGCGGGCUUCGUCGACAUCGUCGAGAAGCACUUCUACUGGCCGCUGAACCCGUGGCCCCGCGGCAAGAAGGAGAAGCUGGUCGGUAUGUGGGCCCAGCAGAAUCUGCUCGAUGGCGUGCAUGCCAUGAGUAUGGCGCUCCUGACGAGGGGCUUGGGAUGGUCGAGAGAGCAGGUCGAGCUGCUGCUUGUGGGCGUGAGAGACGAUCUCAGGAAUCGUGCCGUGCAUUCGUAUAUUGAUCUUGUCGUUUUCUAUGGCCGUAGACCCGAAUCUAGCUGA